AUGUCUCACUCUACCGUCCACGUUUCUGGCAUUUCAGCCACAACCUCCGAGAAGGAGGUUCGCGACUUCUUCAGCUUCUGCGGCAAGAUUGUCUCCCUCUCUGUUACACCUAUUUCCGGCGAAGCGGACGCCAAACAGUCCGCCACGGUCACUUUUGAAAAGGAAGCCGCCGCGAAGACCGCCCUUCUCCUUGAUCAGACCCAACUUGGCACCUCCGCCGUGCACGUCGAAGCUGCCUCGAACAUUGAUGACCUAGCUGGCCCCUCGGCCACCGAAGUUGAAGCUAAGGGUGAAGAGCACGAGAUUGCCCAGGAGGACAAGCCCCGCUCGCGCAUUGUCGCCGAGUACCUUGCUCACGGCUACGUGCUUAGCGACAACGCCAUUACCAGGGCCAUUGACCUGGACCAGAAGCACGGAUUCUCCAAGCGCUUCACUACCGCGCUUGGCGACUUCGACAAGAAGUUCAAUGCCACUGAGCGCGCCAAGGGUCUGGACGCCAACUACCAGAUCUCCGAGAAGGCCGCUACAGGCUGGCGCGGCCUGGGCCACUACUUCGAGAAGGCCAUCAGCCACCCCUCUGGUCAGAAGCUCCGUGGAUUCUACACUCAAACCGAUAAGCAGAUCCGUGACAUUCACAACGAGGCUCGCCGUCUUGCGGAUUUGAAGCAGGGCAAGACCGAUAGCUCUGCUACUGAGCCUGUGGCAGCUACUGAGCCCGUGGCUGUUCCCUCCCAGCCUGAGGCUGCUGCCGCUCCCGUCGAUCCUAAGGCUUAA